GGCGCCGUGAUUUCGGAUUUCCAGUUCUCACUGCGCCCAGAGCCGCAUGCAAGCCCAGCCCACAUCGGCUACACUGGUUGGUUGGCCAAUGUGUAUCAGUAGGAGCCCGCUGCACUGCAUUCUGACACCAGCCAGUCUUCAGGUGCAUUCACCCGUCCAACUCAGUCAGUAGUUCAGUGGUUGUUCGAUCGCACGCACACGACUGUCCUACGGUGCAGUGGCUUACCAACUACACACGGAAAGCACUUUCACUUGCACAGGCCCGCCACGGCAGCGCGUAGCUACCUGUACUACCUGUAGAGCGGCGACGGCUGUUCGCAGACAAACGCACAGGUAGCGUAUACCGAUGAUGAGAGAGCGAGAACCGCGCCGAUAACGGUACACGGGAUGCGGUGCACCUGCUGAGAGCACGAAUAUCAUCUACCUUCAAGGAUUCCCGGAAUCCUGUUAGUGCGCCAUAGACGAUACACCGAUAUCGGACGUUCGUCAACGGUAACUCUUUCCGACACCGUGCCAUAUAUACGCAUAUAUAUAUAUAUUUUUUUAUAUAAAUAUAACAUUUAUAUAUUCAUAUAAUAUAUUAGUAGACGUGUGUUGAAGCGGCACCGGAGACGUCUAGUUUGGAGAUAGUUGACGUGAGACCGCCAGUAUGGUUGUGCCUGUGGUAUCUCACAUUUUCUACUCGGGCGGUUCGACGUACUAUGUGCCACCCGAGGGGACACUCACCGCCGUACCGGUCAUCCCACAGGGAGCGUUGGCACCCAUGGGUCAGCUGCCGAGUCCCUUUCCGCCGUCGGCGGGAGCUGUAUGCAUGUCGGCUUCAGGAAAGAUACCAGGAUUCCCUAGUCCCGCACAGCGACCGUCCUUCUACCACUUCUGCUGCAUCUGUAACUCGGAGCUGAACUCGUGCAAGCAGGCUAUUGCUCACUGUAACGGCAAGCGACAUCGCAGACGGCAGAAAAAGCUGAUCAACGCUACUGGAGACAGCCAAGGUUGUUCCAGCGGAGGUUCGUACCCGGACAUGAGCUGCGUCAGUCCAACGAACUGUCAGUUCGUUCCUGGCAGCGUCGCGACGAGCGGCCUCAACAUGACGACGCCCAGCUUCGGCAACUCUCAAGCGGCCGCCGCGUACGUCUACAACUUCACCGGCUCCUACGGCCCGCCACCGGCCCCCGCAGCGCCCGCCGGCUACAGCGCUCCCUACAACACCUGCGACACGUACUUCACGACGCUUACAAGCCCGACGCCUAGCGGCUACUACAGUGCAGCCUCCUACCAGGGCAGCGGCGGCGGCGGGUCGGUCAGCUCGUAUCUGUCGGGGCUUCAGACGGGCGCGUCCGGCAGCAGCCAGUCGCUGCUGUCGCCGGCGAGCGGCAGCGAUGGCGGCAGCGACUCGUCUCGCGCCGGCUCGGCCGACCUGCAGGCGACCUGCGUCGACCCGGUGACGAAGGCCGUCAUCGACAACGUGAUGGGCAAGAAGUUUGCGAAGAAGCGCGCGCCGUCAGCGACGUGCGACGUCUGUCACCUGUCUUUCAACUCCGGCAGCCAGCUGGACGCCCACAUGACCGGCGCCAAGCACAACAAGCGACUCCGUUCCAUGAAGAUCCUCGUCGAGAAAGUAGGAGAGAGUGUCACAGCCAAUGCCAUUGUGCAGGAUGGAGAGCAGGGCAAACAGGUGUUGUGUUGUGACCUAUGCAAGAUAUCAGUCAACUCUCCACUACAACUGCAGGCUCACAACUCAGGGACAAAACACAAGCAGAGGACGACCGGAAAGGAAAUCAAAACAGAGGAGGGCGAUGAGUGUGAGGACGUGGCAAUGUCUAACGCAGAGAAGACGAACAACGAGAAUUCGAGCAGCGAUGCGAACACCCCGAGCAGCACCGCGCCGCCCAGUGCCAUCGGCAGCAGCAACAGCGUCGAUGCGACAAAAUUCGCAUCGCCGACGAACAAGGCGGGCAAAUUCUUCUGCCAGAUCUGUGACGUGACAGUGAACUCAGAGAUUCAGCUGCAGCAGCACACGGCGAGUAAACGGCACCAGGACAAGCAAGCGGGAAGGCCCGGCAAACCGAAAUUCAAACCACGGUUCUACAGUAACAGGUCCAAGGUGGAGGGAGGAACAAAACGAUGCGCGUCACCACGCUUAGACCUGCAGACAACAUUCAUCAAACACGAUGUGAUGCUAUGAAGAAAAGCAAACCGAGUGGAUAAUCAUAUUAAUAUUCUAUUUAUGCCAUCCUUAUGUUUUAUAUCGCUUGCGAGGAGGAAAUAUAGCACUGUAUUUAAACUGUGGAUAUACGAGUGUAUUACCGACCGCGGGAGGCUAUCGCGUGGACAGGGAUCAUGAUUCGGGAAUCUUUUCGGGAAGCAGUGUGGCCGAGGCGUCCCGGUUGCAGUUGAGAUGUGAGCCAGAUUGAUAGGUUUUGUACAGUGCCUGUGUCGUCUGAUUCAGCCUCCGAUAGCGCAGACAUGAUGUCAAUUUCUGUACCAAGCAUGCAAGAAGUCACACAAUGGCCCCGGGCCCAAAGAGAUCGAGUGAAGAGAUCGAAAAUGGCACACCUUUUACGUUGGCCAAAUAUCACAUUCCUCCCCUCCUCCCACCACACCUAAAUUUCACAUUCCCCAACCAUAAAAUAUCGCAUUUCCCCCCCCCCCUUUCCCAGCCCAAUGCUGCCCACACAAAUAGCAUCUCUACUUCAUUUCCUUCGCUUACAGCGAUGCACGGUCUUAGAGCCGUGUAUAAACUUGCGGUUGGCUGGCGGGAUUUCGUGAGGCAGCGGCGGUGAUGCUGGCCUGAAAUAUGCGGCUCCUGUUGCGCUUUGAUGGUCGCACGAGUCGCCGUUUGCUACACUCUCCACGCCGUAGUUGUUUUGUCAACUGCAUACUUUACGCGUUUUUAAACCUGAUAAUCAAAACUCCUUAAACACGGGCUUCAUCGACUGUGCCAUUUUGGUUUCAUUUUAUCAACAGCUAAUGAUACAUGUAUUACAAUGUAAUACAACGUGUUAUUAGCUCUUGAUUUUAUUUUAAUUAUCUUAGCCAACAGGCGAGGUUACCGCCUAUGUCGGUUUCAUGGACCACGCGUGGCAUUGUAGACAAUAUCUUUUUUGUGGCAGCUAGCUCUGACAGCAUGUGUCACGACAUUUUUACACGCGAUCUGUGUAGUAUGCCUGUAUUCUAGUUUUAGUUUUAAUUUCCCAA